CUGUGCGCAUGUGCGAAGGUGUCCAAACUGACAAUGCCAGGGAGAUAGCGUGUGCGAUUCUCUGAAAUCACGACCAACGCCGACAGACAACAUGAGAUCCAAGGCAAGGGCGAGAAAGCUGGCCAAAAGUGACAGUGAAGUGGUUGAUAAUAUGUACGAGACAGAUCCAGAGCCACCGGCUGGAGAGAGUGGAGGAGACGAAACAGAAGACAGCAUCAUGUCCCCGAUUCCCGUGGGUCCACCAUCUCCACUUCCCACCAGCAACGAAUUCACCCCUAAAGAAGGAUCCCCGUAUGAAGCCCCUGUCUACAUUCCUGAAGAUAUUCCAAUCCCGCCUGACUUUGAGCUAAGGGAGUCUUCAGUUCCUGGAGCUGGAUUAGGGAUUUGGGCCAAGAAGAAGCACGAAGUAGGAGAGAAAUUUGGUCCUUAUGCAGGAGUUCAGAGGGUAACACUGAAGGAUCCAAACUUCGGAUGGGAGAUUGUUGAUGAGCUGGGGAAUAUAAAAUUCUGCAUUGAUGCAAACCAGGCUGGAAGCGGGAACUGGCUAAAGUACAUACGUUCAGCACACUCCUACAACCAGCAAAAUUUAGUAGCGUGUCAGAUUAAUGACCAGAUUUACUAUAAAGUAAUUAAAGAGAUUAAAUCGGGUGAUGAACUUCUUGUUUUUAUGAAGGACGGCGUCUAUCCUGAUGGGACAAUGCCACCAAACCUAGAUGAGGAGCAGAGGUACCGCUGUGGAGACUGCGACGAGCUGUUCCGCUCGAAGGUGGCACUGCGGCGGCACCAGGCGUACGCCUGCAACAACGUCAAUGCUAUCUUCACCACUAUCAACGAAGACUACAAGCAGAGUCAGCUGGAUGACGGGCAGCUCCAUGAGUGCAAGGACUGUGACCGUAUAUUCCCCAAUGAAUACAGCCUAGAGCAGCACAUGAUCAUUCACAGCGAGGAACGCGAAUAUAAGUGUGACCAAUGCCCAAAGGCCUUCAAUUGGAAGUCCAAUCUGAUUCGCCAUCAAAUGUCACAUGACAGCGGAAAACGCUUUGAAUGUGAAAAUUGUGAUAAGGUAAGGUUGAAGGUCUUCACCGAUCCGAGCAACCUCCAGCGGCACAUCAGGUCUCAGCAUGUGGGAGCCCGGGCGCACGCGUGCCCUGACUGUGGAAAAACCUUUGCCACGUCAUCUGGACUAAAACAGCACAAGCACAUACACAGCAGUGUUAAGCCUUUCACCUAUAGGAGGCAGGGACAAGCAUGGACACAGAGUGAUGGUGAGGUCUGUCACAAAUCGUACACUCAGUUCUCCAACCUUUGUCGACACAAAAGAAUGCAUGCCGACUGUCGGACGCAGAUAAAGUGCAAAGACUGUGGACAGAUGUUCAGCACAACCUCCUCGUUGAACAAGCACCGUAGGUUUUGUGAGGGCAAGAACCAUUAUAAUCCCAGUUCAAUGUUUCCUCAAGGUCUGCCUCUCACUCCCAGUUCCAUGCUGGACAAAUCAAAGCCUACAUCCUCUCUUAACCAUACACCCCUGGGGUUUAAUGAAUAUUUUCCCUCACGCCAACACCCGACAGGAUUGCCCUUCUCACCAACAGCCACGUUUCCAGCUCUCACGCCAGGUUUCCCGGGCCUUUUCCCCCAUUCGUUGUAUCCCAGAGCUCCUGUAUUAUCAAGCAAUGCGUUGUUGAAAGGCUGCUUAAAUCAUGACAUUGAUGGAGGUGUCCAGAGCCCCAUGGGAACUCCCACAGUAUCACAAGCAUCUUCCCUGGUGUCAACAUUCAAUGACAAAGAUACCCCUUUAGAAGGAAAAAACAACGUUCAAUCUGAAAACUGCUUCACUGAGAAAAGCAAAGUAAAAAACACUGACUUAUCGGAAGGCAGUGACUUUGAAGACAUCAACACAACAAGUGGGACUGACCUAGAAACAACCACUGGUACUGGGUCUGAUUUGGACAGUGAUGUAGAGAGUGACGGAGAUAAAAAGAAGGAAAAAGCCAAUUUGUCAGCCAAAGGAACUGAUAAAGUCACUUCGGUCUCCGUGAACUCGAACAACGAAUUUGAUGAACGGACACAGUACCUUCCAUCCCAACAUUCCUUCUUCCCUCCUCCAGAUGAGCAGAGCCUUCCAACUAGUGCUGCUAACGAUUCCAUUAAAGCUAUUGCUUCCAUUGCGGAAAAGUACUUUGGCACUGGUUUUAUGGGAAUGCAAGAGAAGAAAAUGGGAUCUCUUCCAUACCACUCAAUGUUUCCAUUCCAGCUCUUCCCAAACUUCCCACAUUCCAUGUACCCUUUCACGGACCGAAACCUCAACCCCAAUCUAUUGGUAAAAAAUGAGCCAAAGUCACCCAGGGAGCACCAGAAAAGUGGGAUUGCAAGCUCAGAAUCACCCUUUGACCUCACCACAAAACGGAAAGAAGUGAAGCCUCUCCCUUCUUCCAAGCUCAUGGUGUCUACGCUUUUGGGAGAGGAGCAGCCACUGGACCUGAGCAUAAGUAGUCGCAGUCGGGUCAGUCAAAAUGGCCCGGGAGAGCCCAGGAAGAACCACGUUUUUGGUGAACGCAAAAUGGUGAUCACCGACGAGCUACCCAAGGUGCAGCACCAGCAGCCUUUUCAUUAUGCAAAGCCAUCACCCUUUUUCAUGGAUCCCAUCUACAGCUGGAACCACCUGCACUACACAGCGGUGGAGAAAAGGAAAAUGAUGGACCCCCUGAACUCAUUGAAGGAAAAGUAUCUACGCCCAAACCCACUUCUGUUCCACCCUCAGAUGGCUGCUAUGGAAACCAUGACAGAGAAGCUGGAGAGUUUUGGUACAUUGAAAAUGGACACCAUGGGUGCUCUACAGCCUUCUCCCCACCACGGCUUCACCUUCCGAUCACCCCCGUCCACGCUGUCUGAUGCCAUACUCCGCAAAGGAAAGGAGCGUUACACGUGCAGGUACUGUGGGAAGAUCUUUCCAAGGUCAGCAAAUCUUACUCGGCACCUCAGAACGCACACAGGGGAGCAGCCUUAUAGGUGUAAGUACUGUGAUAGGUCAUUCAGCAUCUCCUCUAACCUGCAAAGGCACGUUCGCAACAUUCACAACAAAGAAAAGCCAUUCAAAUGUCAUUUGUGCAACCGUUGCUUCGGGCAGCAGACCAACCUUGAUCGCCACCUCAAGAAACACGAGAACGAGAGCAUUCCAGUGAGCCAACAUUCUGGGGUCUCUUCCAAUCACCUGGGCACCACUGCAUCUUCCCCCAACUCCGAGUUGGACAAUACGGCACUUUUGGAAGAGAAGGAGGAAUCAUACUUCUCUGAAAUCCGGAACUUCAUUGGGAACAAUGACCUCAGCCAAGCAUCCAGUUCAGCAGACAAAAGGCAUGAGGUGCAAGGUGGUCACCAGCAGGCCGUUCAUGCACUGACCAAUCAGAAAACAGAAGAGGCAGAUGACGAGGAUGAAGAGGAGGAGCUUGAGGAGGAAGAUGAAGAGGAGGAUGAGAGCAUGACGGAAAAAUCCCAGGAUGACCCGGUUUCACCGAAGAUUGAUCCCAGAGCUCCGUUCAGGGAAAGUGAAGAAGAGCGCCCUGCCCCACUCACCUUGGGGUACGAACAGACUCACAGGUGUAUGGCUGAGGAUGAAGCCGGGCUGUUGGCCUUGGACCAGAUAGCGAAUUUCACAAAGGGGUUGGAUCUGCGUAAGGCAGCAGAGGCGCAGUACAAGGUGAAAGAGGCCGCAGUGUUCAAUCCCACCUUAGACUCCGAAGCAAUAAAAGAGACACUGUACAGGCAGGCUAAAACUCAGACUUAUGCCAUGAUGCUGUCAUUCUCUGAGAAUACUUCUCUCCAUCCAUCGUCCCAGAACUCUCUGGAUGCUUGGCUGAGCAUAGCAGGAGCUACGUCAGAGCCGGGGGCCUUUCACCCAAUCAACCAUGUUUGAGAGUGAGAGAGAUAGAGAGAGAGAGAGAGAGAGAGAGAGAGAGAGAGUGAGAGAGAGAGAGAGACAGCAAGGCAAGACUUGGCCCUGAUGUAUUUGGGAAGGACAGUGAUGGGUGGCAGCUAUAUGGUGGCUCAGGAGCUGUGGGAUGUUGGUAUCAGGGCAAAGCUACUAAAAACUGUUACCACCCCCAUCUCCUCCUCAGCACUGUCUGUCAAGCUAAGGAGGCCUUACAAAACUUCCUUUCUUUCGGUCACAACUGAAUUAUGUUGCUGACCUUAAAUUCCAUGAGAUAUUUAUUCCUGUUACAUAAUAUUUUUGCACAGAUAUACCAUUGGGGCUUCAGCUUAAAAAAUAUUAAAAAUGGUUAAAUACAAAGGGGCCAGUUAAGCUUCAGGAAGACAGACGUAUGUCUCAUAAGAAAGUAAACCUGCUUGUUCUUCCUGGCUUUUACAUCAUCCUGUACUAUUAUAAUUUUAAGUUAUUUGAGAAAUAAGCAGGGCAGGCAAAUCGCAAUAAUUAACCUGUAUAUAUUAGCCUGCAUUCUCUCACUCUCCCUCCCCUACUGUAUCCAAAAUAUCUCUCUCCUAGGCAUUAUAUCUUUUCUAUAAGAAACAGUAUUGUGUCUUGUACUCUUAGCUGUCAUGAGAGUGAUUUAAAAAUGUUAAUAUAAUUACCUAGAGAAGGACCAAAAGUUAUGUAAUGAUGUUGUACAAUAACUGUCAAAUAGGGAGCGUUGCUUGUGCCAAAUAACAUAGGUUGUCCUUCUAGUUGCCAAUUCCCAGACAAUCAAAUUUUGUUUUUAUUGUUUAUUUUAUUUAGUUGUAGGCUUUAUUGAAUUUCUUCCUGUCCAUUAGUGUUUAUGUCCUCACUAUUUAUUCCUUAGACGAUUUCCUCGCAGACGCCCCCCACUUCAAACAGAAUAAUGUAGUCCAAAAAAAAAAUGUGAAUUCUUUUACGUUAACGUUUUUUUUUGUGUGGCAUGCAUUGUGGAAGUGCCAAACCUUUGAGGGGAUGAGGGCGGUGAGGGGUUUGAUUUCUUUUUUAACUCAGUAUUUUUAUUUAAGAGUGGAUCCUGUUGUUAGAUUUGAUUUUUUUUACAAAAAAAUGAUUGAAAAGAACAAGUGGAAAAUAGGCCUCAGCGGUUGCCGUUUCCGUGGUAAAUAAUUAUAGAGAGAAAUUAAAAGAAUAAAGAAACCUUUGCUUUGUGAAAGCUCAUGUAAAUACUUAUGUAAAGGCCAGCAAUUUCUUUUGUCCCCUAGAGUGACUCAAUUUGGUGCUGAGUUUCUUUUCAGAGACUGUGGAGUCAAGGAGAACAUGCAUAGAUUACAUGCAGUUACUACUUUGCACAGUUGUCACGUGCCCCUUGUUUUUUUUAGCAAAGAAGCAAGCCAGCAGAGUAAUUCUUUUUUUUGAAGAAAAGCUUGGAGGGAAAAAGUAUAUAUUUUUUCCUCUUUUGAUCAACUGAUAAUUAGACAAAUUCCAGCACUUUGUGAGCAUGACACUCCCAAUCAGUUAAUUUACUUAUUACCACGUUCCACUUUCUUUUGAUGGCAUUAUGCACACCUGCCUUUCCUUAAAGCAAAAAAAACAAGGACAAUCCUGCUUUCUGAUUGAUACCCAAAGAUCUGGAAGAUGUAAGAGUGAAUGGAUAAAAAAAAAGAUUAGUAGAAUCUGACGAUGGAGUAGAUAGGAAUUAAUAAACAGGACCUGAGAAAACUUGUCAAAUUUGAAUCGGCAUUGAACUUCACUGAGAGGACAUGUAGAACCAAGAAUCACUGAACUAUUACCUGUGUGCUGCAGCACUGGGGACGGGAACCCGUGCAAGAAGUGAUUAUUGCCUCAUGUUCUAGAGUCCCAGUUGAAAGUAACUUGUAUUUUCAAGAGGUUGCAUUUGAAGAGCAUAACUUCUGAUCAGUUUUAUCAUGAAUCUCUUUAUCUCACUUUCUUUUUGAAAAACGCAUGAAUUCUGUCUCUCUGUAGAAAUGUGAGAAUCUCACACCUAUCACCUCAACCUAUCACCAUUCCCUCAGAACAAUCCAAGCAACAGCAUUAAUUAUGGUUAAUUAAAUAUAUUCAAUUUUACUUCCCUUGGCAAGCCCAAGGAAAGAACAUCGAUAGAACAGUAAUGCAGCUGCCUCUCUCCCAGCUUGUAUACGUCAUAUACAUACAAGCAAACUUUCCGAUAGUGGUAAUGAGAAGCAAGGCUUUUAGUCAAAUAUCUUCACAUGGCCCUGGAACACAUGGGCCAGUUUAGUUUCACUCUACCCAACUCUAAGAUCCACUAAAGCUUAUGGAAGGGGCCUUUACAAUUAAAAAUUAAAAGCAAAACUUUCUCUGAUUAAAUAUUUUAUAUUCCAGAAUAGUUCAGUGAUUCAUGGUUCUACGUGUCCUUUCAGUGAAGUUCAAUGCCGAUUCAAAUAGGACAAGUUUUUUCAGGUCCUGUCUUUUAAUUCCUAUCUAUUCCAUCGUCAGAUUCUACUAAUCGUUUUUAUUAUCCAUUCAAAAUCAUUCACCUCUUUCUCAUUGCAACCACGAUUCCUUAUUUGAGUUUUUUUUAAUCAAUCCCCAAUCUCAAUUUUCAUCACUAAUCUUCACCGUCCUUUCUCUUCCCAGUCUCCAUUCCUCAUCCCAACCUCCGAUCCCCCUUUACAUCUUCAUCCCUCCAUUUACCACAUUAAAAAGAAUUUGGUUGUAAGACAGAAACCCACGUUUCCAAAAAAUAUUUUUCACAAAGCAAGCAAUGUAUUUGGAAUCAUGGCAUUGAAAGAUAUAGGAAUAGAUAAAGGAAAGGGACAAAAAUGGAGCAAAUGAGUUUAAAUAUAGGCAUAUGGGCGGUUUUCCACUUCGAACAUAAAGAAGAGAAAUGAGUACUGUGCUUUCUAAACACUGAUCAGGUUGAAGCUGAGGACAGUCAAAGGAACAUAGCCCGUGGAAGAGUACAGCACAGAAACAGACAAUUCGGCCCACAAUGUUGUGCUGGAAUCAGCUAAAAAGCAAAUCAAAAACACCCCAACACGAAUCCUUCCAACCUACGCCAUGUCCAAAUCCCUCCAUCCUCCUUAAAUCUAUGUGCCUAUCCACACGUCUCUUAAAAGCCUCUAAUAUAUUCUCAUCUACCAUCAUAGCAGGCAGCAGAUUUCCAGGCAUCCACCACUCUCUGAGUAAAAAAUUUGCCCCUCACAUCCCCCUUAAACCUACCCCCGUCACCUUCAAUGCAUGCCCUCUGGUAUUAGACAUUUCAAUCCUUGGAAACAGAUACUCUCUGUCCACCCACGUAUACUUUUCUAUACAGUGUCAUGAAAGGUGGAAAGAAAUGACAAAAAAAGGCUAAUUUUAUCCAUAUUAGUUUCUUGUGAUAGAGGUUGUACCACACUUAAAGAAAACACUGGCAAGACCACACCUGGCCUACUGUGAGUGUCAUUCCUUGGGAAGGAUAUAUCAGCAAGGAAGAAGUCCAGGUACUAGAACGAUACCUGGACUCAACAGGAUAAAUUACAAGCAGAAAUUUCACAAACUGGGACAAGCUUUCCUGCAAUCUACAAGGUAAAAAGUGAUUUGUUCACAAUACUGGGGAGAAUCAAAUAACUAGAAGGAACACAUCUGCAUGUUUGGGAGACUAAGAAAAGAAGGAAUAGGCUAAAAAUGAGAACCAGGUGUUUCAAAGGUGAGGAAGCACUUUUACAUGCAACAAGUGGUAAAAAUUGGAGAUUUCUUCCUCAAAUAGCAACUUAUGCUUUGUCAGUUGCUGACUCAAAAUUGAAAAUUUGAUAUGCUUUUAUUAGCUAAAGUUACUUAGAGUUAUAGGGAGAAGGCUGGUACUGUAUAUGGUUUGGGUGACACAUUAGCCAUGAUUUCAGUAAAUAGCGGAACAGAUAUAAGGGACAAAAUAUCCUUUUCCUGUUCCUGAUUUCAUUCCCAUGCUGGUCUUAUUCAAUCUUAGGGCUUAUUUCCUGAAUGAAGAGCUAUAUUUAGCAGACUUUUGAAUCUCCCCGAUCUGAUCAAAUAUCCUGUUCCAGAAAAAAAUUACUCACUGAAAUCGUUGGGAAAUAUUUUAAGUCACCAUUUUAGAAUCUGUUUUCAUUCACAUUCAAGUUCCUGAUCAUUGAAAAUGGGAGCUGCAGGUUAGCCAAUUGGAAUUUUCACUUAAUUCCUCCAUCUGUCCUACUUAGUAACUUUAUUGAAAGACAAAUAGCACUUAGAAAAUGAGGGUACAAGAGAAAAGAGAUGUACAGGUCUGACAUUCCACUGCCGCCUCCCUCAUAACCAAUCAUUCCUGAUUCUUUCCUCACAGUGGGGAGGGGGUCAAUGGGAGGACAUACCUUCAGGAUUCUGAGAUGUUGCCCCCCCCCCCGUUAUGGAAAUCAGUAAAUGUAUUUCAGAUGGGAGAAUUAGGUGAACUGUCAAAAGUUUAUGCUUUACAAUGAUACUCAGGUCUCAAUGGACAGUCCCAGAAUUGCCUUCUGUACCGCUCCUCAUAUACAGAAGAACGUCCUAUUCUUUCACUUGAAAAAGGGUGGCUAAUGAAAGUUAGCCUCAAAGAAGAAAGACCAAAAUUCCAUAAAACAAUAUGCAUUGGAUCUAAAAGACUUAUGUUUGGUAUAGAAGGAUAGCCCCCGAUAUAAACCAACAUGAAAGGGUCCAGUCAUUCACAAUUCCUGUUAUAUGUUGCUUUACCGUGGGUUCACCUGAUCUUUGGUGAAAGUGGGAAACAGGGUUUUAUGAAUCAAUAGCACAGUUCACUCUGUUCUCAGUUUCCACUCCCAUUGCCAAAAUCCAGUUUUGCUCCCAUCGUUGUUUUGCACUUGCUUAUGGGGUGGGGAAUGUCCAAGAUCGUCUUACAUGAGAUCCCUUCUGGUUUCUUUUUCAUUAAUGUUCAUUACGUCCCUUCUAGACCAUGGAUGCCAGAGGUAGUUCCUCUCCAUGCAAGGUCUAUCACUAGUGGAUAGCCUGUAGAAAGAACCUCCAAUUAAUUUUGCCUUCGGUGAUUUAAGUUCUUAAUAAUAAGCAGCUUGUUUUUUGUUAGUCUCAGAAGAUUUUGCACUGAUGUGAUCUCAUGUCAAAAUCUUGCUCUUCUUGAUUUUCAACAUGUCACUUAAAUGCUUCUUUUAGAAGGAUACGCUUGUUAAUCCCAAGAAGUACAGUUGACUCAGGUGCACUAGGGGGAGCUGUGAAGACUUCCCAUGAAAAUUUCACUGCUUUUGUUGAGUCAGGUUAAUAUCGACCGCAGCAAGAUACACUUGUGAACUCCUUGCACUGAAGGUGAGGGAGGGGGUUAGUGGGUAAGGAUACAAUAGGUAUCCCAUUGCCCUGGAGUUCAUUGAAUUCCUCUAUCAUGCAUCAAGUGACCCUUUGUCAUUCUCUAGGGGGGGAAGUUGUUCCGAGCACCAGGUCUAAAAGAAUAAUUUGUGCGUUCUUAAAGAACGGAUCUAUGGUUUCACUACACCUGAUGCACUAAGGAAGCCUACCUUUGCAUGAAGGGUUGCUGGAAAAACAGAGAGUGAGAUAAGCCCAGUGAUGUAAUCCACACAUAUAUCUGAAUUCUUUCUCUAAUUUCCUUUGUAGUGUUGGUAGCUGGGGUACCGAGAGGAAGGGGGAAUUGAUGACCUUUAAUGAAUUUUGGAUUUUACUGCCCGUCAGGUCGCUUGGUGUUUAGGACAGUAAUGAAGGUCCUCCAUCUCUGUCUGUCCAUAACAUCGUAUACAGAUAUAGAAGGACUGUUGGACCACUCUUAGUCUGGCCUCUAACCUUUGACUUGUUUGGCAUGGGUGACCCUACCAAGAGCCGAAGCAUAAAGAUCCGACAUAGCUCUCUGGGUCAUUGAAGCAUGCAAGCCUCCCAAACCCUACGACAAGGUUGUGGUCCUCUUGGAGGUUUAAUGGAUUAACAUAAGACUAAUACUAUCGUUCUGUGGCAGGGUCAAAAUUGGAAUUUGGAGCAUGAGAAGUAUCUACAACCUGUGUUGUUCAUCAAUAGGUCACAUUAUACACAGUUGUACUAUUGAUUUGCACUUGUCGCUUGAGCCCUGGUGGGCUCAACAUGAGGAAACAGCUAAACUGUGUCACCCCAUCUUGGCCCUCCCUCCCCAAAUAAGCCUCAAUUUCUAUUUAUGUCCUAGGUUUGCCCAUACGCUUCCCAAUAAUUCACUUGUGCAUUUUUUUUUCUUGGUUUUGACAUGUUUUGAACUGUGUGGUGUUUAAAAGAGAGAUAGUCAUUGUAAAUGGUUAGUAUUCAUUAACCAGAAAUGUUUCAAGAUUACAAUGAUGGUGCUUGUUUCCUUUCUGUUUGGAUUGUAUAUUGCUGAAAAAUGUUUAAAAAAAAUCUUCAACAAAAAAAAACCUGAAAAAAAUGGCUGUGCAUGGCUUGUGUUUAGCUGUUGGUGUGUUUCUUGUGAUGAAAAUACUGUAGGGAUGCACUUACUUGUAUAUGUGGUUAGGCAUUGUCCAAAGUUAGGAGUCUUUAAUUGCCCAAACAUGAAGGGGCGCUUUGUUAAUAAGCUGAAUAGUUUAACAUGAAAUACAUACAUGCACAUACAGACACACACACACACACACACACACACACACCACACACGCACACACAUACAUAUACACAGAAAUCUUUGCUUGUGGGAGAGUCGAAAGAGUUUAGCAAAUUGAAAAUAAGUGAUUCACAGGAAAAAAAAUCCAUUCAUUUUGAUGCUUGUGAUACAGUUAGUAAUGAAAAUAAAAUCCAAUCUGAUUCCUAUGUUAAUGAUGUAGAGUAGGAAUGUAUACCAAAUGUAAUCUUUCGAAAUGCUACAAUGAAUUUAUACACAAGAUUGAUAUGCAAUAAACCUGUGUGCUUUUUAUAUUAAA